UGAAUAUCAUGGUUUCAGUCUGCGCGCAGCGUACAGCUACGCGUAUCGAUCACGUUCUUUUAUUGCACAGGAAAUUGUGCACUGCGUUUAUCAAACUGGUCUGGGACCAGUCGUUGAACAGUUCGUGAAACAUGUUCGCGGGCACGGUACUCCGGGAAUAAACAGUGUGAACAUCUCGAACUGUAUACAUAUAUAUGAUGGAGAAACACGUGUUUUCGGUGCUUGUUUGUUUGGUAGCGUUUUUGCAUCCCUCCAAGGAGGCGGUUGAUCGGGGAUAUGUUUUUACGAUGCCGCAAGUAUUGUUAGCCGGUGAAGUUGAGCGUGGGUGCCUCUCUCUGCACAAUUUGGAGCCACCGGCUGUUAUCAAACUUGAUUUGUUGUCCCCGAACAUGGAAUUGAUGUCGACCACUUCUUCCAUAUUUUUAUCAGGUGCGGAAACAUGUUUGGAAUUAGCGGUACCGUCGACGGAGCACACGACCGCGUACUUACGGUUACAAAUACAGAUCGAUCAUUUAAAUUACGUGGUCGACACACAAGAAAGCUGUUACAUCGAGCACGAUUCUUUGCUGACUUUCGUGGAAACGGACAAAGCUGUAUAUAAACCGGGCCAGGACGUGAACAUUAGGAUCGUUAUGCUUAAGCACAACUUGAAAAUUUGGAAGGAAUCGGUGGGUAUCCCCAAAGUAUGGAUUGAAAAUCCAUCGGAGAUCAGGGUUGCGCAAUGGGCGAACGUGAACACGGAAAACGGCAUGGCGCAGUUGCUGUUUCCAUUAUCGCCGGAACAAAGCUCGGGAACAUGGAAGAUCAAAGUGGAAAAGAAAAGAUCGCAUCCGCAGCUGAUCCACACGGCUACAUUCGAAGUGACGAAAUACGUGCUGCAGAGGUUCCAAGUCACGGUCAAAUCGCCAGGGUAUAUUUUAGCCGACGCGGAUAAUGUCACUUGGACUAUUUGCGCAAAAUACAGUUACGGUAAACCUGUUAAAGGUACAUUGCGAUUGAAAUCAAUCUCUCAAUUGCCAAAUUGGAGGGGGAAAGUCAAUCUGUUGGGAACAGAUUACGAGACCAAGGUGGUUUCGCCCGAUGGAUGCACCGAUUUCGUAGUGUCCGGGUCAGAUCUCGGUCUAGAUUGUUGGCAGGUGGCUCCCGACAGUAUCGUACUGAUCGCGAAUUUCACGGAAGCUGGGACCGGCGUAGUCGAAUCAACCAUUAGUCAGACAAUGGUCGUGAAUCAGGCCUUGAAGCUGGAAUUCCUGCCGCACACGCCAAAGUACUUUAAACAGGGCUUGCCUUAUCAUGGAAAGCUACGAGUUCUACGACAAGAUAAUACUCCGGCACCGAACGAGAAGAUACAACUUUGCUUACAAGUUCUAGAAAAAGGGGAGUUACGAGGGGAAAUGGUGGAAUGUCGUAAUUUCAGAUCAGCUGCCGACGGUUUCAUCGACUUUGUCGUUCCUCCGCGCCAGAAAAAUAUUGUUGAAUUGAAAUUUAUUGCCACUGGUGUCGACUAUCCGACGAAAUACUACUCGCCGGAUAAACGGUGGUGGGUGUUCAUGGAUCAACCAUUCGCGCGAAUCGUCGUACCCGAUUGGUAUUCGCCAUCCGACAGCUACUUGGGGAUAGCGCGAGGAAAUCAGCCUAUCGUUUGCGGCGAGAAAUAUUCGUUCAACGUGAUGUACACCAUUCCGGUUAACAGUCAUAUCAACGAAUCGAUCUCGUUUCAUUGCUCGAUCAAUUCGAAGGGAGGCCUCUUGAUACACGGCCACGUGAAACACAAGCCCACCAAAGAUACCACGUUAAAUUAUUCGGAGUUCCGUAAUCUACUGGGCGCCGAUAACACCUCGGCGAACAAAACGGAGCAGAGCACGGUCGUGCAUAGAUUCCCGCUGAGCGUGAAAGUUACGCCGGGCAUGGCUCCGGUCUCAGAAUUAUUGCUCUAUUAUGUGCGAGCCGACGGAGAAGUUGUCGCGGCCACAUACACGAUCGAGGUUGGCCACUGUUUCGAAAACAAGGUGAAGAGUGCCUGGCACACGGGUGUCCAGGUGCCGGGUGCCACGACACAGUACCACGUGGAGGCUGCGCCCUGGUCGUUCUGCAGCAUUUCCGCCGUCGACAAAUCGACUCGUUUUAUGGCUGGCCCGAAGAAGAAUCUGAUCGAGACCGGCCAAACGUUCGAAGAGCUGAAACAGUUUCAUUCGAUGUCGACUCGUUUGCUGCCACGCCGGCAAUAUUGUAAACCGAAUGUUACAGCAACAAUGACGACGCAAGUCGAUUCAUCGAUGGAAGAAAUCGAUCAUCUGCCCAGCCCUGCGAUCAAAUUGGCUGAGUCGAGGUUCGAAGCGAUGCGAUGGAAACACUUGACGACCACCCCCAUAGACAUGUACUACUUGGAUGCCAUGCAGGCUUUCAUUGAUUUUGGGGUGGUUACUAUGAGCGAUUUAGUAUUAACGUCGCGACCGUGCGUAUACCACGAGACGUACGCAGACUUUCGAAUGCACAUGAAUACCGCAGAAUUAGACAUAGUCAAAAUAAUGCAACCGACCGCUGUUCCUUUGAUAAACUACAGAACCCUCGAUGCAGCGGGUACCGUUGAAGUAGAUUACGUCGACCACUUGGUUGAUCGGACUGCCACAUUGAGGUCGUAUUUUCCUGAAACAUGGCUGUGGGAACUUGUGCCUGCCGGGAAGGAAGGCAAGGUCACGAUAGAACGCACUCUUCCGCACACCAUCACCGAUUGGAUCGGUUACACAACGUGCAUCUCGCCCAUACACGGCCUCGGGAUAGCACCACCGACCACCAUAACGGCGUUCCAACCGUUCUUCCUCGACUACACCCUGCCGUACAGCGUGAAACGCGGGGAGAUGUUGCACAUGAAGGUGUCGCUCUUCAAUUACAUGCAACAUCGGCUACCAGUCAGAAUUAAAUUGGAAGAGGCGACAGGACUCGACCUACAUUUAUCGCAUCCUACCGCUUCGUUUUGCGUGAACCCGCGGGACAGCGUUGUCCACGAGUACAUUCUCAGGCCUCGUGUUAUAGGAGAAGUUAAUAUCACAGUGUCCGCAUCGGUGGAUCCCGAUUUCGAAGAACCAUGCGGACCGGAAACCUUGGUCUAUACACGAGACGCCAUUAUGAAGCCAAUUCUCGUACUGCCGGAGGGUUACCCUGUGGAAGAGACAAAGUCAACGUUCAUUUGCCCGAAGGAGUUCAGUGACGAUUCCAUGAUCGUAUGGGAUUUAAUAUUACCGAAGGACGUUGUGCCGAACAGUGGUAGGGCGUACGUGAGUUUGAUAGGGGACAUUUUGGGACCGGCUCUCGAAAAUUUGGACAAGCUCGUGCAGCUGCCGAUGGGCUGCGGCGAACAGAACAUGGUACUCUUCGUCCCAAAUAUUCAUGUGAUCAAAUAUCUGAAAGCCAUCGGCAUCGAGAACUCGGCGCUCCGAGCGAGAGCUAUUAAGAACAUGGAGAAAGGAUACCAGCGAGAGUUGAACUAUAGACAUCCGGAUGGCUCGUAUUCCGCGUUCGGCGCGCAAACCUCGGGAGACGAAGGAUCCAUAUGGUUGACCGCGUUCGUUUUGAAAUCGUUCGCUCAAGCUCGGGACCUGAUUCACAUCGACGAGCAGGACCUGUCGUUAUCUGCUCGAUGGAUCCUCAUGAAGCAGCUGGAGAACGGUUGUUUCCCCGUGGUGGGCAGAGUCUUCCACAAACAGAUGAAGGGUGGCCUCGAGGAUGACAGUUCGUCGACAGCGUUGACCGCCUACAUUCUAAUUUCUUUCAUCGAAUCUGGAUUAUUCUCCCAAUGGACGUCCCCCCAUAAGGCCGUGGAUUGUAUUAGGUUGGGCUUGCAGAAACACAACGAGAAUUUAUAUACGUUCGCUCUCGCCACAUACGCUUUCACCCUGAUGGGACCUACGCCAGAAAUUUACUGGAUGGUGUCGUUGCUGAUGAAUCGUGCCACGCGACACAAUGACCUGCUUUGGUGGGAGGACAAAUCGAAACCUUCCCUAAGCCUGAGCAUCGAGAUAACGGCGUACGCCGUGCUCACGUUGAUCAAAUUAGGCGGAGAAGUGAACAUGGUGCAUGCUUUAAAGGCUAUUCGUUGGAUGUCGAAGCAGCGAAACGCCGAGGGUGGAUUCUCGUCCACGCAAGACACUAUUCUCGCCCUGGAGGCUCUGACGAAAUUUCCCGCGGCGAUGAACAACAACAACACCGAUCUCUCGGUUCUGGUGACAGCGUCGGAAGUGGACCACGUCUACAAAAUGCACAACGACAAUCGCAUGGUCCUCACGCAAAUCCAACUACCCAUCUUGCCGACCAUCGUCGAAAUCUUUGCGGAGGGCGAGGGCUGCGUGUUGGUACAGAGCAACAUCAAGUACAACGUUGCGCACGCCACCGGUUCCGACGCGUUCGAUCUCUCGGUAAUGGCUCAUUCUGGAGCCCUCGAGAACGAAUGUUCGGUACAGAAGAUUACAAUCUGCGCCCGUUACAAAAUAGCGGAUAGAGAAAGUAACAUGGCUGUGGCCGAAGUUGGAAUGAUCAGCGGCUACGCACCGGACCGAACGAGCUUGUACUCGUUACUGGGGAAACCAUCGACGAAAGUGAAGCGUUUCGAGGAAGACCGCGACGUCGUUUCUAUUUACUUCGACAAGCUGACUGACCAGGAGACUUGCAUCUCGUUCAUGGUGAUGAGGGAGACCGUGGUCGACUCUCUGGAGCCAGCGAACGUGAAACUUUACGACUACUAUCAGCCGGAACUGACGGUGUCCAACAGUUACAAUUUCGCUCCAACUUGUAGCAGCGCGGAUCCCGUCGAAAAAAUCGACAAUUUCACCGUUGUACAAUUGUUCGCGAAGAAUUUAGACGAUAUGCUGCUUCUGACAGAGGAGAAUUUCAAAGACAAACCGGUGGAAAAGUCGGCGAAAAACUUGGCUACGGAGGAUGCGAACAACAGAAAUAAGAUGAUCAAUAGGAUCAGCGAGGCUGACAGAAAGUCUACGUCUUCAAGGGGGUCAAAUUUAUUGAACAUUCUUCACGACGAUGUUGUAAACAGAGAAGAAACGCUCAGGGAUAAUAUCGACCAAGAAUCAAUCGCUGGAGUGCGACCCAUGACCGACAAUGUGCCGUUCGUGGAGAAAUCGGAUCCAAAAAUUGGGGAAGACACUGUAGACAUUGCAACGCGUGUACGAACAACCAGCGAUAAUACGAUCUUCAAUCCCUCAAACAUUCUACAGGUAGAAUCUGGCAGUGGUUUAACCCCGGACGAGCCAGACAGGAGUCGCACUUUUAGUUUCGACAACGUUGAUCUUAAUACAGGAAUGUUGAGCAACAUAGAAAAUCCGUCUACGGUUCCCGUGAAAGAAACCGAGGACUUCGAGGUACCAGGAAAUCCAUCUUUCGUUGUUGUCAGCCACGAAUUAGAAACUCCGGAGGGUGUAGAGGGACCGAUUCCGGUUUACACGAAAUCAGAUGCAGUCGAUUACAAACCAGAAACUACUAGCAGUAAAAAUAGUUUGUUCCAUCCCUCGCUAACACCUCCGGCAGAGAGCGACGAUAUCUCACAGGAGGAACUCGACCACCAGACAAUCUACACAACAAACAGCGACAUGCAGGUCACAUCAUUGACUAGAACGAAUCAAGCUUGUCCAACGUGUAUCGACAAGCUGCCAUCAAACAUCAGCGAUAUUUAUUGCUCAGCGAAUGCCGUGGUUAAAGUAGCGAUCAGGCGUUUGCGCAAAGCCCGGUUGUUGAUAGAUCUAAAUGCAUCCAGAGAAGUGCAACGUCUUCGUGCCACUAUCAAGUUCACUUUGGAUCCGAGUUGCUCCUGUUCUCUGAUAGAUUCCCCUGGAACUUUCGCGUUAAUCAUAAACAAGGAGAACGACUUUGUUGAAUCGCAUCAUUCUUCCGGGGAUCACCGACAGACACUGGAUAGUACGUUUAAUAUUUACGGGUUGCCAAUAGUAACCGGCGUGCCCCCAGAAAUCGCGGAGGCACGAAGAUCGUCGUGUUCAAAUUCGGAAGAGAAUCAACCGGCCGGUGAUUGAACGGGACGCAUACUUUUUAUUUAGACAUGUGACAUAAUUAGAUUGCGGAUUUGUAUGCGAAUUCCCCUUUUCAUAGGCUGUUUUACAAUAAUCAGAAUAAGGGGAGAAGUUGUUGUGCGAAGUAGAAAAUUUAUUUUGAUAAAAACGCAAUAAAAAUCACACAUAGUAAGUUUUGUUAAUAUAUUAAUAUAUAAAAAUCCGCAGUCUAGACAUAACACUGAACACUAGAGCUAGAUUGUAGACCUCGCUCAUUUGUAAAUCUCGAUCAUGAAGAUACGCUACUUGCAAACAUCGCGCAGAUUAUAUACAUAAUAUCUCUGUGUCCUUUUUUUCUUAUCUGCAAACAUGUAAAUUAUAUACGAUAAUAUUAAUGACAGGAUAAGAUAUCGCGAAUGGAAAUAUAAAAAAGAUCAGUUAUCAUCCUCGUUGCAAAUGAAUUGUUACAUCGGAGAUGAUUCAUUUUAUUUUUUAUCAAGUCAAUAAAAAUUGUAAGUAAAUUAUAUAAACUCUUUCGAUGUAAUCUAUCAGCUCAUCUUUUCUUUUAGAGCUUAUAUCUGGCUCUGUGUCCGUGUGUGUGUGUGUGAGAGAGAGAGAGGGGGGGGAGAGAUAGAGUUAAAAGAAGGAGAAACUGUAAGAAUGAAUCCACAAGAAAGCGAAUAUAACAUCUUUUUGUUGCACUUUUUAUUUAUUAUCUUUGUAUCUGAUCGCUACUGAAAUAAUUAUUACAAAUUAACAAUCACCCUUCGAACUGUACUACAUUAAAUAUUAUUUUAUUACAAUGAA